AUGGCGGACCUAGCGACCGGCGAAAUCGUGGCCGACGUCAUCGAUGGCGCCGUCGCGGAGUCGCAGGCCAAGGUGCCCAAGGCUGUCCCCGUCAAGGGCGACGAGAACGACCGCCAGGAGGCGGCCUUUCGAUGGGCCCCCGAGGACAUCCAACAUUCGCAAGCGGAGAAGAUCGAUCGGUUGGAGCGCGAGGCAGCCGCGGCGAUGCGGGACAACGAGCGGCUGCGCAAGCAGGUCGAGGUCGAGCGCGACGAGACCAUCGCGGCGCUGCGGGACGCCGAGGCGCUCAGGGCAGCACUCAAAGACGCGAGCAACCGCAUGGCGGACGCGCGCGCGCGGUCCGUGGCCGCCGACGCGGGCCGGGCCGCUGCGGAAGCUAGGGCGGCUUCUGCUAGAGCAGAAGCCUCUCGCGUCCGCGAGCGCACGACGCGGACGCGGGGCGACGCCGCGGCGGCGGCCGAGUUGGCGCGCGCCAAGGACGCGAAGGCCCAACGUUUACAAGCUGAUUUAGAUGCAUUGCGGAAGCGCCACGACGCUUUGUUGGACUCGACGGUGCUGGCGGCGGGCGGCGGCCGCGUCGCGCAAGUGUUGCGGAGCAACGUCGGGCCCGCGUCGAAGCCCCUGGACAAAGUCGUGAAGCCGAAGCAGGAGCCGCCUCUUCAGAAGCAGGACGACGUCGCGGCGUUGCUAUCUCGAGUCGGCGCGCUCGAGGGCCAGGUCCUGGCGCUGCGCACGGCGAAGAAGGCCGAGGCGCAAAAACCGCAACCGAGGCCGCCGCCGCCGGCCGACCCGGACCGGCCGGUGCCCCAGUCCAAGGCCCUGGGCGCGCUGGCCGUCGUCGUCGGCGAGCAGAUGUCGACGGAAACAGAUAGGUUGCGCGCGGAGAACGAGAGGUUGAGAGAGGAGAUGGCGCGGCUCGUCCUCCGCGGCGUCCUGCCGCCGCCGCCGCGCGCGCCCGCGCCGCCCGCGGCCGCCCCGCCGCCGCGGCGCGAGCGGCCCGCGGGCUACUUCGCCGAGUCCUCGGACGACGAAGGUGGCGACCAGCAGGACGAUGAGGACGAGGGCGUCGUGCUGCCGGAGCACGACGGCGAGCGGCCCUGGGAGUCGACGCCCGCGCCGACGCCGGCCGUCGUCGUGCGUCCGGCCGCGCCGACGCCCGCGGUCGCGCCGGCCGCGGCAGCUGCGCCGACGCCGGCCGUCGCGCCGGCGGCGGCCGCCGUGACGCCGGCCGUGCCCGCGCCCGCGCCGCCGGCGGAGAAGACGCGCGCCGCCGGCAUGCCGCCCGUGGUGACGCCCGGGGACACGGUCGUCGUGCCCGCGUCCACGCCGGACGACGCCUUCGCGGCGCGCGUGCGGCCCGGCGACGCGGCGCUGCCGGCCGUCGCGGAGGCGCCCGCCGCCGAAGAGGCGUCCGGCGCGGAAGCCCCAGCGUCGGCAGUGGAACCACCGGCAGCUGAAGAUCCGGCCCCCGCGCCUGCGGAGGAAGCGGAUUCCGCUCAGGCGGCCCCCGCGCCGGAACCGCCCGCAGAGGCCGCGGAGCCGCCCGCGCCUUCGGAGGAGUCCAAGCCGGCCGUCGAGCCGCCAGCAGCGGAAGAGCCGUCCGCGCCGGAAACUGCAGCGCCGACGCCAGCCGCCGAGCCACCGGCAGCGGAAGAGGCGGCGCCCGCGCCCGCGGCGGAAGGGACGGCGCCGGCGCCCGCAGCAGAAGAAGCGGCCCCCGCGCCGGAACCGCCCGCGCCGGCACCCGCCAAGGCCGCAAAAGUGCCCGCGCCGGCCGCAAAGGCGCCGGCCCCGGCCGAGCCGACGCCCAAGAAGAAGAAGUCCAUGUGGGGCAAACUCCGCGGCGCCGUGCGCGCCUCGCCCAAAAAGUCGCCAAAGACGCCCAAGGCGCCGGCGGCCGCGCCCGCCGCGGCGCCGGCGGCCGCGCCCGCCCCAGCCGCCUCCACAACCGAAAGCGCCGCGCCCGCCGCGCCGGCGCCCGCGGUCGCGCCGGCCGCAGCGCCCGCCGUGGACCAUCGCGCCAGGCUCGUGGCCUUCUACGAGAAACACAACCCCGCCAAGCUCGACUCGAUCGACGCGACGCUCGCGAAGUAUGCCGGGAGGGAGUCGGAGCUCUUCGAGGCGCUGCGCGCGAAGUACGAGGCCCCUGCCGCCGUAGAGGAGAAAGACGACGCCCCGGCGCCUGCGGCUCCAGCCGCCGCUCCGGCGCCGGCGGCCGCGCCGAAGAAGACCGUGCCGCCGAUCAAGGUCGAGCCGCCGUCGCCGUCGUCCGCCGGCAGCGCCCCUUCGUCGACGACGUCGCGCUCGACCACAGAUCCUACGCCCAAGAAGAAGAAGUCCAUGUGGGGCAAACUCCGCGGCGCCGUGCGGUCCUCGCCGCGGACGCCCAAGACGCCCAAGUCGCCGCCGCCCGACAAGCUCCAGGCGGCGGCGCGGCGGCGCAGCGCGCCCGGAGUGCGCCCCGGACAAGCUGCAAUGCCGGCCGCCGCGCCAGAAGCCAAGGCUGUCGACGAGGCGCCCGCCACGGCACCGGCAGAGGCAUCCGCGACAUCGGAGGCUCCCGAGGGUGCCGCGGCCGCCGACGCGCCCGCCGCCGAUGCCGCCGGGGAUUCUACGGACCUCCCGGACGAGGACGCAGCGACUGCCCCCGAGCCCGCGGCGGCGGCGCCCGGCGCAGAGGUCGUGCGCGAGACGCCCCUCCAGCAAGAGGCUCCCGUCGAGGAGGAGUCGGCGGCGGUCCACCACAAGCACCACCACAAGGAGACGGCAUCCGACGACGACGAGGCGCCGCCGCCGCCGCCGCCCAAGUCGGGCUCGCCCUUCGUCGAGGCCAUCGCCAAGCGCCGCGAGAAGGAGGACGACUCGCCCACGACGCCCCAACCGAAGGCACGCGGCGACAAGCCUGUUGGGAGGCCCUACCGGCCCGACCCGACGCCGAGCCCGUCGCCCGAGCUCGAGGAGCUGACGCCGUUUGCCGCGCGGCGGCGGAGCCUGGGAGCGAGUCCGACGCCCACGAGGCGCUUCCUGCGGCGCGAGAGCUCGUUCAGCUUCGAUCCCGGCGACGUGUCCAGUCCGCGGCGGCGGCACAGCGCCCUGCUCGGGCAGAUGCGCGACGUCCUGUUCGACUCGCCGGCGGGGUCGCGGCAAGUGUCGAGGCAGUCGUCGUUCGCCGACGACGCCGACGCCUUUUUGAAAGCCAACUCAUAAGGC